CUGCGCCUGACCACAUCUUCCAUGAUAGUCCACAUGCGAUCUUCUCUCUGAAAAUGGGCCCCGCGGAGCCGAAAGGGUUCUCGCAGAGAGAAGAAGACGAUCCGCGGGUCCAGCCAGCCAAGGGUGCGCAGCGCAUCGACGAGCAGGAUAUGCACCGAAGCUGGGGGCCCACCGUCGGAAUGCCGGCCAUGCCCGGUCCCACUGCUCCCACUGCUCCCACUCAGCCCCGCCCCAGCAUCCCGCAGCGCGAGAACCUGCAGCUCGGGACACUCAGCCAACACCCGGUGCACGGUCGUCGCCAUCCGGCCCCCCGUCGGGACGGCCCUGCGCCUCUUAAACGUCAGAUCGAGCGAGACGUACUGCAGUGUGGACGGGAGGUCGCCCCAGCGCCAGCUCUGCCAGUCCUCCCAGACGUUCGUCGCGGUGAGAUGCGUCAGGCGGGUGAACAACGCGCCACGGGUGGGCCACGGAUCAGCGGGGUGUGCGUGUAUCGCGCCGUGCCAGACAGAUAUUCUGCGGGGCCGGAUAGAGCGUCCCAGAGCUUGGGCCAGAGAGAACGAGCUGAUGGGGCUGCCGGUUGGCGUGGGGAGGAACCACGUUGUGAGCGCGUCGAUUCUGGAGCAGAUAGCAGCUAUACGCGAUGCGUAGCUCGGGAGCAUGUCGAAUAGGAUGGAGAGCGAUUUCACAUGCGCGGUGAAGAAACGCGGCGGCCGAAGCAAGGAGGACUCGAUGGUGUGGAUGAAGGCGAGUGUAGUGCGGGUGCUGGAGAGGGAAAUGCUGGAAAAUAAUAUCGGGUCUAUCCUGCCGACUUGCUAUCUGAAUUCCAGAGUGAGAUAUGGAAUGAGGGCGCCACAUACCACCUUCUGGUCAGCCGAGAGAUCCUAACCAGGGUAAGCGCAGACCUAAAGUCCUCGCUCGCCGCCAGCUCGAACACAUUACGCAACAGUCGAAGGGGCAGUGGCCCAGUAGCCAUGGAAUACAGCAGC